AUGGCACGCAGCUCGUCUCCACUGCCGCCGAUUUCACAAUUGGGCAUUGUGCCUCGAACGCCUUCUCUCAGACAGGGACGACCACACGACGACAUGGAUGAACUUGCGGGAGACACGAUUCCGUGCUCGCCAUCCGUCUUUCUCAAAGACGGCGAUACCACUCAACCGACUCAGGUGCUCAGUCGCCCAGGACUCGCCAUGGUGCGAUCUUCGUCCCCGGCAGCGAGCGUCGUCGAAGUGCCCGCCUCGUCACCGUUCCAAGCGAAGCUGCAGCAGACGCGAUUGGGCUCCCGCCUGGCACCGGCUGGUACAGUAUUUCGCCCGCCCCCCCAGACACAGGCCGCUCCCGCGAGGAGACCGACUCCAGAGCCGAUCAAUCUCAUUUCCGACGAUGAAGACGACAUUACCCCUCCGCGAGGGGACAUCCGUCCGACGACGUUCAAAACCCAGAUUGCAGCCUUUGCAUACAAGCCGAUUGACGAGCAAGAGAUGACCAAGCGGCUGCGGCAGAUAUUCGACGUUUUUGGAGACAGAUUCCCGUCGCACAAGGUUAGAGAGGCACUUAGGAGUUGCGGCAACGAUCUGGACGAUGCGAUUGCGUGGCUAGAACGCAAUGUGCCGCGCUCGGCUCAGGCCCGAACCUCGCAACCCGCGCCCAAGCCUGCAAACGCAAGGCCUGCAAAGUCAACACCAUCUAGCACUCGGCGAUUGGUAUCCAAGGGACAAAUGCUUUCUCUGUCCAGGGCCCCGUCGCGGUCUCCCUCGCCUUCAGUCGCUUCAGUCGCCUCACUCCCGUCAAGCCCUCCUAGGCCACAGCCUCCGCCACCGAGACGCCGACUCAUGAAAGGCCUUAAGAGACGAGCAUCUACAUCACCAGCACCUGAGCCAGAGAUAGAAGAAGUACCGGCACAGGCUUCAAGCGACGACCCGCUGAUUAUAGACUUGGUGGACGACGGGAGAGAGGACACGUAUCAAGCAGAGGAAUCGCCAGAGGCUUCAGGGGAAAUUGAUGACAAGGUGCUUGUCUGUAUCAAUGAAAGUACCUCCCAAGAGCUAGCCGCCAUCACGGGCAUGAAAGAGGACUUGCUCAAACCAAUCAUCGCUAAGCGACCCUUCUACGACCUGACGCAGGCCAGGAAAGUCAGUGUCAACAAGAAGCCAGGUGCUCGUAAAUCUGCUCGAAUAAGUAUCGGAGAGACAGUUGUGGAUGCCAUCCAGAUUUUCACGGACGCAGUGACAGCCAUUGAUCAGGUCGUGACGAAAUGCGAGGUCAAGGGCCAGGCAAUCAAAGGCGUGUUAGAGACGUGGGACAUCAACAUGUUUGGUCGAAACAAACGCAGCGCACGAUCGACUCCCUUUGAAGACGACGCCCCUCCGACACCGACCAGCUUGAGUACUACCAAACUUUCAAAACCGCCAAUUCCUAGUCAGCCACAGAUGAUGGAUGGCCACUGUGUUAUGCGACCCUUUCAGGUUUACGGCUUAAACUGGAUGUCGGUCCUCUACAACAACGACAUUGGCUGUAUCCUAGCCGACGAGAUGGGUCUCGGCAAGACCUGCCAGGUGAUCUCAUUCAUGUGUCACCUUGUUGAGGAGUACGAGAGUAGUCCUCAAGGAAGACGACCGUGGCCAAACUUGAUUGUAGUGCCUCCCAGCACAUACAACAACUGGCUUGGCGAAUUUAAGAAAUUUGCGCCAGAGUUAUCCGUAAUAGGAUAUCGAGGGUCUCAAACGGAGCGAAUGGAGAUUGCCUACGCGGUCGAGCAAGAACCUGAAGCCUAUCAUGUUGUCCUGGCGACAUACUCGCAGAUUAACUCCGAAGAGGAUAUUGGAGCUAUGCAGUCAUUCGACCUCAACGCUUCCAUAUUUGAUGAAGGACACAAGAUGAAGAACCCGGAGACCAAAACUUACAAGGAUCUUCGUAGAAUCCCGUCUGCUUGGAAGAUGCUCCUUACGGGCACUCCCGUUCAGAAUAACCUGCUGGAGAUGACCGCGCUUCUCAAUUUCAUCAACCCCAGACUCUUUGAUGGUUAUAUGAACCAAAUCAGAUACAUCUUUAGUCAAAAAGUCACGAUUCGCGAUGUUACCAAUGGCGCUUUCCUGUAUAGUGAACGGGUCAAGCGCGCGAGGACAAUUCUCGAACCUUUUAUCCUACAACGUCGCAAAGAUCAGGUAUUGUCUGAUAUGCCUCGCAAGAUCUGUACCGUCGUCCACUGCGACAUGCCCGAAGCGCAAAAGGGAGUAUACGAUGAAUACGAAGAACUAUUCAAGAUGGAGCCAUCCCAACGAGGCGCAAGGGAAUCCCGCGGCCGACAAAACGAUCAGAAUAACGUCUGGAUACAGCUGCGGAAAGCAGCUUUGCAUCCUCUGCUCUUCCGCCGCCAUUUCACAGACAAAAAGGUUACGGAGAUGGCCAAGAUAUUAAUGGAUCGGGUCGAUCAGUCUGAACUCCAUCAACCUGAUAUCAAACAUCUUAUUCAGGAGCUGAAAAACUCGUCAGAUUUUGAGCUUCAUCUUUGGUGUCGCGACUAUCCCCGCUUGCUAAAGCAAUUCGAUAUUGCGCCUACAACAAGACUCGAAAGUGGAAAGAUAAGAAAGCUCAUGGAGCUGAUUGAACAAUACCAGAAGAAUGGCGACCGCGUCCUGGUCUUUAGCAAAUUUUCACGAAUCAUUGAGAUUUUACAAGAAGUGCUUGCGCAUCAAGACAUUGAUCACCGCGUGCUCGCGGGCAGCACUAAUGUGGGUGAGCGACAGACACUGAUUGAUGAAUUCAAUCAAGACUCUAGCAUCCCCGUAUUUUUACUGACCACUGGUGCGGGUGGUACCGGCAUCAACCUAACGUCCGCCAACAAGGUUAUCAUCUUUGACCAGUCGGACAAUCCUCAAGACGAUAUCCAGGCAGAGAACCGCGCACACCGUCUUGGACAGAAGCGAGACGUCGAGGUGAUCCGGCUCAUCGCAACACACACUAUUGAGGAGCUUAUUUACAAGGCCUGCCAGAAGAAAAUUGAGUUGGCAAACAAGGUUACAGGCGUGAUUGAAGAAUCCGCCGCGGAGGCGAGCAAGAAUCUCGAGCAGGAAGUGCGCAAGAUGAUGGAAGAGCAAAUGACGCCCCCGUAG